AUGGAUUUACUGGGGAGCAUUGGGGGUCAGGAUGGUUCCUACCUUUGCGAACUGUUGCUGGAGAAAGGAUAUUGCGUUCAUGGGAUUCUCCGCCAUCGAACGACCGCAGACUACGCUCCCCUGGCUCUCUCUUAUGUCUUAGCAGCAGCAGAGGAAUUUCCAAACAAAGUGGUGCUACACCCAGGAGAUAUUCUAGAUCCAUACUUCCUGCUGCGACUGUUCAGAGAUCAUAGUUACAGCGAAGUGUACCACCUUGCAGCACAGAGCCAUGUAGGAACAUCAUUCGAUCUCCAACUGCACACCAGCGACGUGAAUGCAUUGGGCACGCUGCGGCUCAUCCAGACCAUUCUAGCCUUACGGCAGGAGAGCAAGAUAAAGUUCUACAACGCAUGCUCAUCUGAGGUUUUCGGUGAGACGCGCGAUGGGUGCCAGGAUGAGUCUACGCCAUUCAGGCCCGUAUCUCCGUAUGCCGCUGCGAAGGCCUUUUCGUUCUGGGUAACUUCUAGCGCGCGGAAAGCGCAUGGUCUUUUUGCCGUUAAUGGCAUCUUAUUUAAUCAUGAGUCUCCUCGCAGGGGGCUUGACUUCGUUACGAGAAAGAUCACAUUUGGCGUAGCUCAGAUGCACGUCGGCUGCACAACCUGCAUCACCCUUGGCAACCUAGAUGCACGGCGAGACUGGGGCCACGCCAUCGAUUACAUGCGUGGGGUCUUUGCUAUCAUGAUGCAGGACGUGCCCGACGACUACGUUAUCGCCACCGGUGAGACAAGGUCCGUCCGGGAAUUUGUUGUGGCGGCGUGCCGGGUUGUAGGCAUUGAACUAAGAUGGAGAGGGACGGGAGAUCAGGAAGUCGGUGUCGAUGCUGACACAGGGGACAUCCGAGUUCGGGUUGACCCCGCGCUCUACAGACCAGCAGAGGUGCCCUUCUUGCAUGGGUCUGCUCGGAAGGCCACUACUCGGCUUGGGUGGACUCCGCAGGUCUCCUUUGAGGCCCUCGUGAAGGAGAUGGUAGAGUCAGAUCUCGCCCUGGUUCGGGGCAGGCCUGCAAAAUUGCGGACGGCGAGCAAACUAUAG